AUGAACUUCCUCAAGAGCGUCACUUCAACGGUCCUGAACUCGACAGGAGUCAGCUUCCCCUUCACGAUCGGGGAGCGGAUACCCGGUAUCGAGGCGGGUGCGACGAUCUGGGAUAUCCUGACGUUGUUCAUCUUCGAUGCGACACUCGGACCGCUGCAGCCGGGGAACAAGGACCGAAAGACGCUCUUCCAGCUGGCGCGGAAUGCGCUGAAGAAGCUGCGCACGAUCCGACACCCCGACGUCAUCAAGUACGUCGACUCUGUCGAGACCGACACACACGUUUACAUCGCUACGGAGCCGGUGCGCCCGCUGCAGGGUGUGCUGCGAGACUGGGGUUCAGGAGGAGCGCUCGCUAGCUCAGCCGCCAAGAGCAAGGUCAGCAAGGACGCUUGGUGUGCAUGGGGAGUGAAGAGCAUUUCCACUGCGCUGGCGUUCCUAAACUCGCCGCCGCUCUCCCAGCACCAUGCCUAUCUGCUCCCCUCCACUGUGUUCAUCACCCCUGCGAUGGAGUGGAGACUAGGUGGAUUCGAUCUUUUAACGGGUAUGGACGACGGAAGCGGCGUGCUCUGGGGUCUCGGCGGAGUUGCGCCGGGCAAUGCGGGUGACUUCUCGUGCCCAGAGGUGCAGAAGGGUGGCUGGGGAGUUCUGAGAGAUACGGACCCAGCAUCGACCGACACGUACAUGCUCGCGAUGUGGCUAUUCUGGCUGUACAACCCGGAGAAGCCCCUGCCUCGGCUCUCUGCGCCGCCAACACCAGCAACUGCCGGCGCCAUCCCGAAGAACCUGUUCCCGCUGUGGAAGCGGAUGCUGACGCCGAACGCGCGGACACGACUGUCGACGGCGAAUUUUGUGCUCGAAGCCGAGAGCUGGUUCAAGCAGAACCCGCUCGUGCAGCUGGUCGAGGGACUGGACGGAUUCGAGCUUCGGUCGGACGGGGAAAAGCAGGCUCUUCUGAGCGUGAUCCAGGAGAGCGCCGAGGCCGGCUCCCUGCCAGAGCCGUUCCUGGUGCACCGCGUGCUGCCGUCGCUGCUGCACUCGCUGUCGCUGCAGAACGCCCCUUCGUCGCUCAUGCUCCCCAUCAUCCUCAGCAUAGGCAAGCAGGUCCCGCCCUCUACGUAUGGCAAGGUCGUGCUUGAGCCGGUGGUCAAGUUGUACGCCUCGCCGGACCGCGGAACGCGCAUGGCGCUCCUCGAGGGUCUGGACCAGUACGUCGACAAGCUCGACAGCCGGACGGUCGUGGACAAGAUCUGGCCGAACCUCAUCACCGGAUUCGCGGACACGGUGCCCGUCAUCCGCGAGGCGACGAUCAAGGCCGUCUACCCGCUCAGCGGCAAGCUCUCGGACCGUAUCCUGAACAACGACCUGCUCCGCCUCCUCGCCAAGAUGCAGCAGGACAGCGAGGCGUCCAUCCGCACGAACACGUGCAUUCUGCUCGGCCGGCUUGCGCCCAACCUCUCGAGCAAUACGAAGAAGAAGGUGCUCGUUCCCGCCUUUGCGCGCAGUCUGAAGGACCCCUUCGUGCACGCGCGUGUUGCGGCUCUGAUGGCACUGAUGGCCACGGUCGACUGCUUCGACAAGGAGGACAUUGCGACGCGCGUGAUCCCGAACAUGGCCUUUGGCCUCGUCGACAAGGAGAAGACUGUCCGCGACCAGGCCUUCAAGGCCAUUGCCAUGUUUGUCCAGAAACUGGAAGAGUAUGCCGCAACCCUCCCCGUUACCGUCGAGGAGGACCGGAGCGGAUCCUCGACUCCGGCGCCGGGCGUGCCCCAGGCCGGGCUCGUCACGAGCGCAGCUGGUGCCGCUGGCUCUUUGGCUGGAUGGGCAUUCUCGAACCUCUCCAAGCAGCUCAGCAGCGGCGAAGCCGGCACGCUGUCCGCGCAGCCUGCUGCGUCCCUCUCUCCUCCGCCGUCGAUGCCCGCCUCAAUGCCGGCUACACGGCGGUCGUCCCUGCCAAGCAAGGUCGCCUCCUUUGGCGGUGCGACAAAGCUCUCCUCGGGCCACGGCAUGAAGCUGGGCGGAUCAGGGGCGAAGAAGCCGACAACGUCGCUCGUGGACGAGCUCGCGGGCGAGUGGGACGACGGGCCAGGCGGAUGGGGCAACGACGACCUCAUCAACGUGAAUGCGGACGAGGACGACUGGACCGCCUUCGAGCAGGCUCCGGUCGACAUUCCCGCCCCGGCCCCGGCGCAGGAUUACUACGUCAAGCCUGCGAGUCCGAAGCCCGCGCCCGCCAAGCCGAAACCGAAACCGACACCCGCGGCGCAGCCCAAGCCUGCUCCGGCUAGCCCGACCAUCGUUGCGCCGAAACCUGUCAAGCCCUCUGCGCCCGAGCCGACGAGUCGGCCGGGAAGCGGCAGCUCGACGCCAAACCUCGCCAGCAUGAGCAAGGAGGACAAGGAGAAGGAGAUGGCGCGCAGGCGGGAGGAGCGCAAGGCGCGCAUUGCGGCGAUGAAGGAGCAGAAGGCGGCCAAGGGCAAGUAG